GGCACUCACCGGAGGCAGACAUGAUUAAAAGUGUGCAGGUUUAUCACCUGGGUUACAUCUGGAGGUAAAGUUGGACCCAGAUAAUGGUUCCUAUCAGUCUGUGAAGUAACGACAGUAGAAACUGUUGUAAACAUGUUCUCUGUUCUGACUCCUCCUCCUCUCAUCCACUUUAUGUCGGCUUCAGUUCUACUUCGUCUUCAAACGACAGCAGCUGUGAGUCUCUGCGUCUCUCCAUGAAGGUGAGACUCAGAUUGAUCCUGGAAACAGCUCAGCAGUGACGAACACAAACCCUUUUCUGUUGGACGUCCACAGAGACAAGACAAAGGUAGAUUUAAAGUGAAACCUAAAAGUUGUGUCUGGACAAAGAUCACCUGAUUUCAGCAAACAUGGAUGGAAGACCCACCUGUGACCAGUGUGGAAAGACUUUCACCACAGCAAGUUACCUAAAAAUCCACCAACGCAUCCACACUGGAGAAAGACCAUAUAAGUGUGACCAAUGUGGAAAUGCUUUCACUAUGGCAGGUCACCUAAAAGUGCACCAACGCAUCCAUACUGGAGAGAGACCAUAUGAGUGUGACCAGUGUGGAAAGACUUUCACCCAGACGAAUGUGCUUCAAGCUCACCAACGGAUCCACACUGGAGAAAGACCAUAUGAGUGUGACCAGUGUGGAAAGACCUUCACCACCGCAAGACACUUAAAAAUUCACCAACGUAUCCACACUGGAGAGAGACCAUAUGAGUGUGACCAGUGUGGAAAGACUUUCACCACAGCAGAUCACCUAAACGUCCACCAACGCAUCCACACUGGAGAGAGACCAUAUGAGUGUGACCAGUGUGGAAAUGUUUUCACCACACGAAAUGAACUGAAAAUCCACCAACGCAUUCACACUGGAGAAAGACCAUAUGAGUGUGACCAGUGUGGAAAGACUUUCACCAGAGCAGAUCACCUAAAUGUCCACCAACGCAUCCACACUGGAGAGAGACCAUAUGAGUGUGACCAGUGUGGAAAUGCUUUCACCAUGGCAGAUCACCUAAAACUCCACCAACGCAUUCACACUGGAGAGAGACCAUAUGCAUGUGACCAGUGUGGAAAGACUUUCACUCAGAGGAAUGUGCUUAAAGCUCACCAACGCAUCCACACUGGAGAAAGACCAUAUGCGUGUGACCAGUGUGGAAAGACUUUCACCCAGAGGAAUGUGCUUAAAGCUCACCAACGCAUCCACACUGGAGAAAGACCAUAUGCGUGUGACCAGUGUGGAAAGACUUUCACCAGAGCACAUCACCUAAACGUCCACCAACGCAUCCACACUGGAGAAAGACCAUAUGAGUGUGACCAGUGUGGAAAUGCUUUCACCACAGCAAGACACCUAAAAAUCCACCAACGCAUCCACACUGGAGAAAGACCAUAUGAGUGUGACCAGUGUGGAAUUACUUUCACCCAAAGGAAUGCGCUUAAAGCUCACCAACGCAUCCACACUGGAGAAAGACCAUAUGAGUGUGACCAGUGUGGAAAUGCUUUUACCACAGCAAGUGACCGAAAUAAACACCAACGCAUCCAUACUGGAGAAAGACCAUAUGAGUGUGAUUAGUGUGGAAAGAGUUUCACCCAAAUGCAGGGGCUUAAAUAUCACCAAUGCAUUCACACUGGACAGAGACCAUAUUACUGUGACUAGUGUGGGAAGUUUUGCACCACAGCUAAUCACCUAAAAAUCCAUCAACGGGUCCACACUGGAGAGAGACCCUACCAGUGUAGAUUCUGUGACAAAUCUUUUCUCACAGGUUUAAAUUGUACUAAACAUGAACGUGUCAAACAUUUCCACAAAAGACAAAAACUGAACAGUCAUACAAAAAGUAAGAUAUUGGACUCUAGUGGAAAGAGUCAGUGUCAUAACAUACCUAAACAGUUUGAAUGUUUCCAAUGUGGUGAAAGAUUCUCGUCAUCCUCUGCCCUCUGCUAUCAUCAGCACAGAUGUGAAUCAUCAACGUCUGGACCAAAAUGUCCCUCAGCAUCAGAUGACAAGAAGAAACACAGUGUGUGUGAACCAGCAGCACCCACUUCUGACAAGAGCAUCAGACUUAAAAACCUCCAGAUCAGACUUCACAGAAUCCAGAUGUGAAGACAAACAUCAGACUGAAGGCUGUGUUUUGUUGUCCUCAGAGUACAGAAGUGUGUUCUAAUGCACCACCUUCACAAAACAGUGACGUUACUGAACCUCAACCUGCUACUAGGUGAAAAGUUCAACUAGUGGAGGUCAACAAAGACCUGGUUUCUAUGACGAUACGACUUCUCAUUGACCGUGUGGACUUUAAUCAGUAACUUGUUGUGAUUCUGUUGCUGGUUGGGGUUCACACAGUUGGAUUUCCAUCAGUUAGAAACAACAUGAUGAACAUAAUAUAACUGAGACAGAAUGACUGAUGAGCUGGUAGUGGUUUAGUCCCAAACUGAGGCCGACAACAUGAAGGAGAUCACAUUCCAUUGGAGGAGGAAGUCUGUUUAGCAGAAAGUUCACAACCACCAAAGGAGACGUCACAAUGAGUGUGUGCUCCAUCUAGUGGUCCAGUCUGGUACUGGUCUGGUCCAGUGUUUACCUGAACAUCAAACUGGAUUCAACAUUUUUCCGCUGGUCUAACCCUGACCUGCAGAAUGUGUUUGAUUUGAUUGAAAAUGUGUUGAACUGCUGAUGACUGUGGUAAAGAAGAACCACUGGAUGAAUCAGAAAGUUCAGGACAUCAAUGGAACUGGAACAAACAUUUAGUCAUGUUCUGUUGUUCAAUGUUCUACUUAAUCACCUUGUUUUAUUCUAAUUCUAAAGUGGACCUGAAACAUGAGACAAAAGUAUUUACCAUAAUCAUCCUUUAACAGGUUCCACUCAUUUUAUGUUCAAUUACUUCAUAAUGUUUUACUUUUUCUCUUUAUUGAAUGAAUGAAUUGUUUAUUUUGGUUUGUACAUUAAUCAUUGCACAUAGUACAAUAAUUAGAAUAAACAUAAAAACAAAAAAAGGAAUAGUCUAGAAGCAAAAGCUUAUUUUAGUGCCUCUCCUUUUCCCCUGAUCCACUGCUGACAUUAAAUUAAAUGUGUUCAGCAUCGAACAUUCUCAUUAUAACCAAAGAGUCAACAACAACAAAAUCACAUCUAUCAUCUCAACUUCAUAUUCCUGAAUGAUUUUAUACUAAAGGCAUUUUUUAAACUUUGUCAGAGAAGUGAACAACUUAAAUUCAUCAUCAAGUCCAUCCCAUAAUUUCACACCCACAACCCAAAUCCACCUAGACUUCACAUUUGUCCUCACUUUAGUUCAUUCACAAAUAUAAAAACCUCUUCAAUUCUAAUUACUCUGUCUUAAUUUAAAGUAAUCUUGAAUGCAAUUUGGAACAAUAUUAUUUUUUACUUUAUAAAUCAUAUACAGUAUUUAAAUAUAUACAAUAUCCUGCAAUUUGAAGGUUUUAAGUUGACUCAAUCAAUUAUUAGUUGCUUUCAAAUAUCCUUACUUUAUUAAUUAUUCUAAUAAUUCUGUUUUGUCAUUUUUCUAAUGUAUCUAUAAUAUUUUUUCUCCAUAUUUCUGCACAGUAUGUUCAGUAGGACAGAACCAAAGAACAUUAGAUCAUGUACAGGCUGUUUUUGUUCAGUCAGUCUCUUGUUUUAUACAGUAUGUCUAUAGAUUUGGACACUUUACUUUGAAUAGACUCAAUAUGAGGUUUCCAACACAGUUUACUAUCUAUGAUGACACCUGUAAAUGUAGCUUCAUAAACUCUUUCUAUUAUCAGUUGGUAUGUUUUCAGUACAGGUUCUGUUAUUGUCAUGUUUAUAUCAGUGAAAUAUGACUUUGUCCUGAUUUGAUGUGUUAUCAUGUGCAUCACUGAGUGUUCUUUAAGUCUUAUUCAAACAUAGACUCAGUUCUGUUUAGUUUCUUGCGUUGUUUGACUGUUUUC